AAUCAGAAACUUUUCAGUCGUGUCUGGGUGAACGUGGAAGAUAACUUCGUUCGUGGAAAAGUGUUGAGUGUGAAAAAUCAUCUUCCCAUAGUGAAAGAAAACACUCGAUUUCCCUCUUAAUUUAUUCGUUUAUUUUUCAAUUUUCUCUUUUAGUUUUUUUCCCAUCAAACUGAACUUUUCAGAAACGGAUAAAAUUCAGGAUUAGACCUCCAGACUUUUGACGUGAUCCUGCUGUUUCCAGAGAAGUGAAAAGAAGGUACAAUAUGAAGAAAUUUUUCGGAUUAUUCAUCUGUCUGUUGCUUGCCGUGGGGCUUCAAUGUGAAGUUCAGGCAUACAUGCCCAUGUCUGCUAAGGAUCACUAUUUCUCUGAUAUCCUUCUCAGGGAAAUAGUCGAUCGCAUGGGUAAGGACUUAGUCGACAGUUCAGAAUCUUACAUCGAUCCAAUGAAUGAUGUACCAGCUCACUUGGCUCUAAUGGCGCGAGCCUCUAAAGAUUUGGAGGCCGAACAAAUGGAUUACGAUGCAUUACUCGAGGGAAAUCCCAGCCCUUCUCUACGCGACCAGGAGUAUCUUCAACACAGUUCCCUAUGGGGACAUCAAUAUGUUUCUGGAGGAGCUGGUGAAGGACCUCACCGGGUUAAGCCCCAGGUGAAAACUGAUGCCAGUCUGCCUGCAUAUUGCAAUCCUCCAAACCCAUGUCCCUACGGCUAUACUGAAGAUCAAGGCUGCAUUAUUGACUUCGAGAACACGGCUUCAUUCAGUCGCGAAUAUCAGGCUUCGCAGGAAUGCAUGUGUGAUGGAGAGCAUAUGUUUGAUUGCCCUGGACAAGAUACUAGCGAUGACAAUCGACAAAUGAACUCAGAUCUGGAAAGCUUCUUGGCACGCCAAUUUCACACCGGAGAGCAUAAGAAUUUGGUUGCCAAGAAGUUCCAUCCACAUGAAGACAAAUUGAAUCCUUUCUUGCAAGGAGAGAAAUUGCCGAUUGCGGCCAAGAAAGGAUUGAAUGUUGUCUAAAGUGCAAGCCGCGUUAGAUCGCGCCUGAGCCCAGCUUUACCGUUGACGACCCUUGCUAACACACGACACUGGCCAACGCUUUAUAAGGACAACAUGAAAACGUAUAUUAUAUACCAUUAAAGUAUUUUCGUUCAUUGAUGUAAUCUUAGACUCGUAUAACCAGAUAUGUGUAUAUGCAAGAGAAAAAAUAUAAAUUUAUUAUUGUCACAAUUUAAUCCAUUCAUGUAAGAUUAUUGCAGGUAUGCGAACUACAGAAUGUAAGCUUAAAUUCGAACCUGUCGCAUACUUAAGUUCCUUUCAGCCUUCCUCUACAGUUCAGGGCGAUAGUAGCUAAUGCUUCUGCUGACUAUGGCCUGGACUAAGUGAGGAGAUCACUUUCAGAUACAGAAAGAGAAAUCUUAAGAUAGCUGCGUAUUGUUAGGAUAAGAAAAACAAAUUAUAUUGUACUUAUAUCAAUGUUAUAUCUGCUAUCCUUACUCAAUAAUAAUAACCACAAUAUAAUACAUGUGCAUUAAUUUUAAAUAACUUUACUUUGAAACAAAAGAUACAGUGUCAGAAGGAAUAUGUACACAACAUAUCAGGCACACAGAGCGCUUCGCCACUCGCCGGCUAAGUCCAAUUAAGGUCCCUUUGCUCUCACUAACUUUCUUUCAGGGACCUUGGUCGGACUUAUCGCGGCUGCUGGCGACGCGGUAGAAUACGAACACCCAAAAUGUCAGAUAAAAUGUCAAAAAGAGUCAAAAUCAUGAAUGACUUUCGAGAUAAACAUCCAUGAAGAGUAAAAAAUCUAUAAAAAUACCAAAAAAAUAUAUAUAUAUCGAAAGAGGCAUUUAUUUUGCAUAUUUCGCACACAUGACACCGUUUUUGACAUUUUAUCUGGAAGUUUAAUAUUUAAAGAUAUUAAAUAACGAGAUAAACUUGAUUGUUUUGAUUUCGUAUUUUAUUCAGACCGUUAGUCUGAUCUGGAGUUUUAAAGUGGACGUAGCGAGUAUUUGCAUAAAUAAAGAUACAAUAAUCCUUAAUCACGUUAAUUUUUUGAGUAAUCAGAAAACUAAUCAUUAAUCAUAGAAUAAUCAUAACAAUUGCAAGUAAACUACUCUGUCUAGACUAAUCAAUCAACAUGCAUGAUAAAUAUUAAUCACCAAGCAUACAUACAAUAAUAAAUUAUGAUUAAUGUGUAAGAAAAGCAACUUUGAGGAAUGUGUUAUUGUUUAACUCGUCGAGAGAAAAUUAUUUUAUUGACACAAAAUACAAAACAAAUCAUUUUCAAAUAUAACUAUGAGAAACGAGUAAACGAGAAAGAAAUUAUAUUGUCACAAUUAUCCAUAUGUCUAUCCAUUAACACUUGGAAAGCUUCAUAAAGGACAAUUGAUUAAACUAGAUAAGAUAGAAAUUUUUGGUUCCAGGAUGUUUUCGCCACCCGCAAAUGUAUGGAACCAACCAAUCGCUCUCAUCUGCUCGAUAUAGCUUGUAUGAAAUUAUAACAUAUUAUAUACGGCAUAGUUCGCUUCUUAUCUUUCACUGUAUUUUUGAAUAAAAAAAUCUUAACAGAAAUAACGAGAAUGAUAGAUUGGAAAAUUGCGACAUGUCUGAGUCAUUUGUGGGAGGUGAGAGGAGAUGUCAUCCUAUACAACCUUUGCAUUGAUGCUUAUGAUGCCUACUUGGAGUCAAACUAUGAAUAGUAUUAAUAUGACAUACAUAUAUAACAAAAAUACAUUAAAUCAUUUCA